UCGGUUCAAUGUCGUUGUAAAGUUACCUCCUUUAUUUUGGAUUGCCGCGAGUAGUUUGUAACGAUUAACAAGCACACCGUGACGCAUUAUGUAGUCAUACUGUAGAUGUAAACGUUUAAUAAGGAUGUCAACAGCAAAUCCUAACAGGAGGACGCAGGAACUUCUCGAAAAAGAGUUGUAUUUCAUAAUUUCAAAGUUCCUGGGCAGGGGACCUUGCAAGGAGGCUGCGGAGGUUCUUCGGAGGGAGAUUGAAGAGCAUCAUCUUUUGCCGAAAAGGCUCGAUUGGCAUGGGAAUGAGCAUGACAGGAGUUUUGCAGAAUUGGCAAAUUCCAACGUGCACAUUCCUGACGACUACCUGCUGCAAAUAUGUUCUCGGAUUGGUCCUCUCCUGGACCAGGUCAUACCGUGUGGAGUGGCCGGCUCCCUCUCACUUCUGGGCUCUGGGAGCUACUCUCUGCUUCGGCAGCACUCGAUGGUGCGACGACUUCGUGCCACAGCAGACGUGGCCGUCCGGCUCCAUGGCGCCCCUGCCUGCCUCUCCCCUGGCACAGUGCCUUGCAAUAUUGCGAUGGUAUUGCAGGGGCGACAGUUGGGUGCCCUGGCGGGUGGCAGUUGCAGACAGCAGCUGUCUACUCAGUUCUACGUGAAGGCGCAACUUUUCAGGCGCCUCCUGGGGCAUCUGUCGUCCGUUUACUGUGUCCUCUUUGACCGCAGUGGCAACUACAUUUUUACGGGUGCAGAUGACCUGUUGGUGAAGAUGUGGAGCGCCCAGGAUGGGAGGCUACUGGCUACACUGCGAGGCCACUCGGCCGAAAUUACCGAUCUGGCUGUGAGUCCAGACAACCAGUUGCUGGCGGCUGGCAGCUGUGACAAGGUCAUCCGCGUCUGGUGCCUGCUCACCCUGGCACCUGUUGCCGUGCUUUUGGGUCACACAGCCAUGGUUACCUCACUUAGGUUUUGUCCGUACCCAAAGGGAAACAGGCAGUUUUUGGUAUCGACAGGCAACGACGGCUGUGCAUGUUUUUGGGACUACUCGAGCAGCACUAAGAGUUUCAACCCUAAGCCGCUCAAGUUUACCGAGAGGAUUCGUGCAGGCUCUCAGAUGAUCUGCUCCUCGUUCAGUCCAGGUGGAGCCUUCUUGGCUACAGGCAGCACAGACCAUUUUGUUCGAGUUUACCACAUGCUGGCCCCAUCCGGUCCGGAGCGGAUCGCUGAACUCGAGGCACAUGCUGACCAAGUGGACAGCUUGCAGUUUGCCAAUCAUAGCUGCCGGUUUGUGAGUGGUUCCAAGGAUGGCACGGCCAACGUUUGGACCUACGAGCGACAGCAGUGGAGGUCGACUAGGCUUCGUAUGGCUACCAAGUUGGUGGGAUCUGAGGAACAUGUGGAGGAGGACCCCAAGCAGAGGUUGAAAGUGACCAUGGUCGGGUGGAACCAGGACGACCAUUUAGUUGUGACUGCUGUGAACGACCAUUCCAUCAAAGUGUGGGACUCCCACACGGGCAAGCUAAAGCACAUUCUCUUGGGGCACGAAGACGAGGCAUUUGUUCUUGAGUCCCAUCCCGAGGACAGCAGAAUACUCCUCAGUGGGGGACACGAUGGUCGCAUCAUCAUCUGGGAUCUCGUUGCGGGAUGCUCAGUGCGGAGCUUCUUUAACAUGAUUGAAGGACAAGGGCACGGAGCGGUGUUUGACUGCAAGUUUUCUCCAGACGGCCUCUUGUUUUCUUCAACCGACUCGCAUGGUCAUAUCAGCAUUUUUGGCUACGGCUCCGGGGACCCAUACAAGAAGGUUCCGGACGAGCAGUUCUUCCACACAGACUAUCGGCCGCUGAUCCGCGACGCGCAGCAGCACGUGCUGGACGAGCAGACACAGUGUGCUCCCCACCUGAUGCCACCGCCCUUUUUGGUGGACAUCGAUGGCAACCCAUACCCACCUGACCUACAGCGACUCGUGCCUGGCCGGGAGCACUGCCUCGACUCCCAGCUCGUCCCUUACGUGGCUGUGCUCGCCAAUGGUGAAUCUGAGAUCUUGGAGCCUGUGCGUCCUCUGGAGAAUGAGGCAGACGAGGAUCGGCCGGCCAUCGACGAGAUGAUUGAGCAGCUGCAGCAGCAGCAGGAUCACUUGCUGGCGGCUGAAGGGCAGUCCCCACCACGAUCGGCACAACAGCCUCGACUGGCUUCGAGUCAUUCUCCAGGGGGCCACCACAGCAGAGUCGGAAUGCGACGCACUGGCGAUGUUGAAGGAGUGAGGCAGUCCUCUGGCCACUGGCAGUCCCGGGACACAGAGCAGCCCGGUCCCUCCUCUGAAUCAAGUGCUGGUAGCAGCGCUGGCAGCAGCAAUGCCAGCAACGCAGCUGCACCGACUCGGCUCGCCCGGUGCUUCCUCGGGACUGCCUCAAGAUCGGCACUGGUAGCAAACUCAUUGCGCCGUGCAGCAAUGAUGGCUGAUGCUGAACAAACUUUGUACCAUGCAGAGAACCAAAGACGACGGCAAAGUCUGGAGGUCAAAGUGGUAUGCGAAAACCUGCUGGCUAGCAAACGCCGUGUCAAUAAUUGCCGUGCCAAAGCCGCCGCCAAAAAGAAGCCCGCCGGCAUUCAAACACGUUCCUCACGAGGAGCUCCCGGUUCAAGGUUAGCCAGAGAUGACUUUGAGGAUCCUGAUGACAUCAGCAUGAGUUCCACCACUGACACCGGUGCAGUUUUCUCUGAAAGCUCUGAAGGCAGCGAAAGUUGCAGCGACUCUGACUACUCGGAUUGGGUCGAGGAACCCAAGUCACGCAAGGCAGCCCCUAAGAGUAGCCCUAAAAAGCAGCGGCGCAUUGUGCAACGGCCCGAGGAAGAGGAUGAGCUCAUGGUUGAAGACGACUCAGAUGAAGAGAAUCUCGUGGUAGAGGACUACGUUUUCGAAGAUGAUGAUGACAGCGCUGAGACAAUCCGACCAGCGAGGAGUAAAGCAGCAGCACUCGACAGUGAUGAGGACUACGUCGAGGCAACAGCUCGUGCGAGGAAGAAAAAGCACCUUGUUCGCAAGAAGCAACGAAAGAAAAAGCCUCCUAUAAAAUCGUCCCCCACGACCCCAACACCUUCAUCAUCUGGGGCUGGUAGCAGCAGGCAGUCUUCAAAACAGAGCCAUCAACAAGUGAUGCACACGCAAGGGAAUGAGGAAGCCAGGACACCACCGCAGAGCAGUAACAGCAAGAAGUCGAAGAAGAGCUCUAAGCGUGCAUCGGAGAAAGUCCUGCGACACCCGGAAUGGCUGAUGGACACGGUGCCGCGCAAGACGCCUUAUUUUCCUCAGAUUGGCGACGAGGUGGUGUACUUCCAUCAGGGGCACCAGUCAUACGUGCAGGCGGUGAAACGCUGCCGGGUGUACCAUGUCCGGGACCAGGCACAGCCCUGGGUGCGUCACCGGCUCAGGGAGCAAGAACUGUUGCGUGUGCUGGAUGUGAAAUUUGAGUUAUGCCCACCCGUGCACCUGUGCUGCCUUCGUGUGGUGCCCAUUGAGCCUCACCGAAGCCAGAUGGAUGGCGAGCCCUUCGACAUUCGCUACCACGACAUGCCAGACGUGAUUGACUUCAUUGUCCUGCGUCAGACCUAUGACACAGCUAUGCGUCGCAACUGGAAACCCCAUGAUCGGUUUCGUAGCAUCAUCGACGACGCCUGGUGGAUGGGGACCAUUGAGAGCCAGGCGCCGUUGCAGCGCGAGUUUCCCGACUCCAUGUUUCAGUGCUUCAUUGUCACUUGGGACAACGGAGAAACAGAACGCAUGAGCCCAUGGGACUUUGAGCCCAUUGACUGCAACCGCAUGCCAGACCACGUCGGUGGUGCAGUGCCAGUGACGUUUGACGAGCGUCGCAGCCUGGUUUACCGGCCAAAGGCAAACGAGUGGCCCCGGUGUGGUCGAGAUACAUGCUGCAUCCGGCUAGUCAACGGUGUGAGCCGAAUAAUGGAGCUGUCUAUAGCAGAGCCAUUUGCGGCACCAGUGGACCUCAAUGCCUACCCAAUGUACGCACGGAUUGUGGCCUAUCCCAUUGACCUCUCCACCAUCAGGGCAAGGCUGGAAAAUCGGUUCUACAGGCGCAUGGAUUCAGUUCGUUUUGAUGUCAAGUUCUUGGAAAUCAAUGCAAAGAAGUUCAAUGAACCAAACAGCAAGAUUGUGCAGAAGGCAGUGCUCCUUACGAAUCUCCUACUACAAUUCAUCAAUAAUCAGUCCUGCCAAGAUCCCAUCAAGUUGUAUCAGCAGUUGGUGGAUGACACCGCUGACAAGUACCACAGUUCUUCGGCUGAGGAAGAUGACAUCGUGUCCACAGACGCUGAAGUGAAUGGGAUGGGACCGUCCUCCUCCAGUGUGAAACGGAAAAAGGUACUGCCGCCAGAAAUACCCCAAAAACGGAGAGCCCCCGAUGCUGCCCCUCUGACGUCCGUGACAUGGAAAGGCCAGUGCCAGGAACUGUUGAACUUCAUCUUCCAGUGCGAGGAUUCCACGCCUUUCCGGCAGCCAGUGGACUCUGCUGCCUACCCUGACUAUUCCAACAUAAUUGACAUGCCAAUGGACCUGAGUACAGUGAGGGAUCGGCUCACGCGAGACCUCUAUCCUAGCCCUGUUGAAUUUUGCAAGGACAUGCGACUCAUAUUUGCCAAUUCUCGGAACUACAACACCAACAAGAAAUCCAGGAUUUACUCCAUGACAAUACGAAUGUCGGCUUUAUUUGAAGAACGCAUUCGUCAAAUCACCAGCGAUUGGAGGUCAGCAGUGAAGUACGAGACCAAAGUGAAGAACAACCAGUAUGUUAGCAGCAGACGCCACCCAGCAGCAGUGCUUGAUUUUUCAAGUGACUCUCAGCCAUCGUCAUCAAGGACAAGCGGCCAUUCAUCACAAGCCGGAACGUCCUCAUCCACUACGAGAUCAGCUGUGCUCCAAGUGAAGUGCUAUGCUGAGUCAGAUUCCGAUACGGAUGAGGAUGUUGACUCGAAGCAGAUUGUGCAGGCCAGCAGUUUGGUUCGGUCUACCAGGUCGAGCGGCCAAGGUGACCGAAUGGUAAACGGGAAGAAAACCUCUCCCGCCGUGACGUGGAAACUGCAGAGUAGCUCCUCUAGCGAAACUCUGUCCAAAGGCAGCCGCAAGCGAAAGGCCACUCGGUACAUCUCUUCUUCGGACGGGGACGACAGCCACGGGGACGCCGAAGAGGAGGCAGGCAGCAUUGAAUGCAGCCAGGAUUCCAGUGAGGACGAGAACAGUGAAGAGCAGCACGGCGAAGAAUACGAUGACAACGACGACGACUCUCCUCCGGGCAGGCGUAGGUCGUCGAGAAGAGCCGCGCGCACCAAUGUGAUCGGCAGUGAUGACAGCAGCAACUGGACCAGCUGCAGUGGAGAGAGCAGUUCAUCUAGAAAUACGAUGGACCGGAGGAAAAAGCGCGAGAAUAGCAGUGGUGAGUCAGAGAUGACAACGGGCAGCUCAGAAAAGUCUUCUUCCUUCAUGACGGACCAUGACUACGGACAACCGCGGCGAUCGUCGCGCAAGCCCUGCAAGACAACUAGUUUUUCACCGGAGACGACCGUCAGGUCUCGUGCGACCACCAAUAGCAAGACUCGCGUGCAAACGAGAAACCGUGGUCAGCAAAAAGUUCGUUACAGAGAAGACGAAGAUUCUGAGUGGACAGGCGACUCGGGCGAUGAUGAGGACGGCCUUGACUCAAGGGCACGCGAGGUGCUUUCCGUCAGCAGCCGGGGCCGGUUACGAAAACUUUCUAAGCACGCGGCACGUGCCAUGGUGGCCCAGUGAAGUCUGGCUUCACAUAAUUGAUCAGUGGGGUGUCAGUUUGUUGACAUCUCCGAGAGCUCAGAGUGUCAUCAUCUUCACAUUGUCCAGCAGCCAAAUGAUGUUUUCAUAUGUAAAUUGCAUCCUUUACACACCGGUUUUUCGUUACUAUUUAUUGAAGUCAUUCAUGAAGGCUGCAAAGGGCAUUUUUGUGGGUAUGUAGCAUGAAUUUGACAAGACUGGAAGUCUUCAUUUAAACAUUCCAGUUUUUUGGUGAGCAUGCAGUGUUAGAAAUUCACCAGACAUCAUAGUGCUUUUUGUUUAUUUUCUUUUGCAUGUUUUGUUGUUCAUUGUAAAUGUCAAUCAUGUUGAUGUAGAUAAUUAGUGAUGCAAAUGUCUGUAUAUAUAAGAAUUGUUUGUGCAUGUAAAAAUAACACUUAUCAUUGUAAACCCUGGUGGUGAGGGCUCUUUCCCAGUGAACUGGAAGAGCAGUUGCGAAUGAUGUACUUAUGUUUGCAGCCUUUUUUAGCUGCGUGAGACAUGCAAUGCAAUUGUGUUAAAGAAGUGAUUUCCAGUGUGUGCUUGUCUGCUCACUGCCAGUAUGUAAAACAAAUGUGAAAAGGAUUGGUGAUGAAAGAUUACACGCUCCUUGAGAUUGCAA